CCUCCCGCGCACACUCCACUCACCCAUUCACGGACUCUCAGUCCUCACUUCACUGCUCACUGCUCGCCAUUACUGGGCUCACCCACCCCAGAUCUCAUGGCUCCCCAGCGCCGCCACCACGCGGCGUGCCUCCUCGUCCUCCUCGCGCUGUGCGCCGCGCCGGCCCACGGCGGCCUCGCGCUGCCGGCCAGGGUCAGCAAGGCGCUGGCGGCGGCGGCCAACGCGACGGCGACGGCGGACGAGUUCCUGGCGCCGCACAACAAGGCGCGCGCGGCGGUCGGGGUGGCUGCGCUGCGGUGGAGCGCCGACCUGACGGCGGCGGCGGCGUGGACCUCGUCCCAGCAGCAGAAGCAGAAGAACUGCGCGUUCGCGGACAUGGGCGCCAGCCCCUACGGCGCGAACCAGGGGUGGGCGAGCUACCGCGCGCGCCCGGCCGAGGUGGUGGCCUCCUGGGUGGCGCAGGGCAAGUACUACACCCACGCCAACAACACCUGCGCCGCCGGCCAGCAGUGCGGCACCUACACGCAGGUGGUGUGGCGCCGCACCGCCGAGGUCGGCUGCGCGCAGGCCAGCUGCGCCUCCGGCGCCACGCUCACGCUCUGCCUCUACAACCCGCACGGCAACGUCAAGGGCGAGAGCCCCUACUAGCGGCCGGCGUGUCGGGCUGGUGGCGGCGCCUCUUGCGUUGGGGACGUCGCCGCCGGGCGCCGGAGCAUCGAUCGCUGUUAGAGUUAAAAGUACGAUCUAGCUUCGUGUCUCAGGUUCAGUUAAGGAUGAUUUGUGUUGUGCACUUGUGGUGCAUAGAAUAACUACUGCUUAGAUAUCAGAAACUCAUGUGGUGACGUGCCUAGCAUAUUGUGUGGAAAAUGAACUUGUCUUGUGCUCGGCGAGUUCCUACUUCCGAGGGUGAACUUGUUAUCGGAGAAGAAAAUUGUUCUCGGUGGGUUGGAUUCAUGGCAUCUACGCAUGGCAGUCACCACAUUUGUUUGCACUUGGAGACGUGCAUUUUUAAUGAAUAUGCAGCCAUGAACUAAGUUGAAAA